UCUCCGCCCUCCAGAGCGCUGCUUCCUACGCUUUACGCUUUUUCUUUUUAUUUUGUUUUCAUUUGCGUUUAGGAUUCUGUUCCUAUUUUAUUGUAUUUAGCUACCCUUUGCUGUAUAUUUUUAUUUUUAUAUAAUGCGGCUGUUCUCCGUAGAUUACUUGCAAAAUACAUUCUUUUCCGAGAUUGUGUUUUCACGAACAUCGUCGCUCUUUUGUUUGUUUUUUGGUCGCUUUUCGUGAAAAUGGACUGAUUUUUAAAAAUCGUAUAAAUGCACCUGCCGUCGAAGACAUUCUCUCCUACCCAAAACGAAGAGCAGGAGUGCGUGUCCUGGGUGCAGCCUGGCCUGUGCCGUGGUGGCCAUGAAGAACCCGGGAUCCCCCGAGAGCCGAAGGCUGGCCGGCCUGCUGGAGUCUGCGCUGGCCCGGGAGGCUCGUCUCUGGAAGGUUCCCGUGUUCAAGAACGGCUGCAUUCAGGGAGCUGACAUCUCCUCGUCCCUGCACCAGCAGAUGAUCCUCUGGCUCGGGGAAAUGAGCCGCACGUUCCACUUCAGUCCGGAGACGUUUGCACUGGGAGUGUGUGUCCUCAACAGACUGCUCUCCACCGUCAAGGCCCAGCCCAAGUACUUGAGAUGCAUCGCUUUCACCUCGCUGGUCCUGGCUGCCAAGAUUAACGAGGAAGAUGAAGUUAUAGGUUCAGUGAGAGACCUGGUGGUGCAGAGUGGAUGCAGCUUUUCUACCGCGGAGAUUCUUCGCAUGGAGAGGAUCAUUCUGGACAAGCUGCACUGGGACUUGUACACGGCAACACCCGUCGACUUCAUUCACAUCUUCCACGCCCUGCUGGUGCACGGCCACCCCCAGCUCCUCCCGUCCUCGGCCCUGGGCUCCGGCGGGGCCUCGGCGGCAGCAGCGGAGCGCGGGGCGCUGCCCGCCGCGCCGGGGCAUCAGAAGAGGCCGCCGGCCCUCCAGGUGGCGUUGUGGAGCAGGCAGGUGCAGCACUGUAUGGCCUGCCACCAGCUCUGGCAGUUCAAGGGCUCCACGUUGGCCUUGGCCAUCAUCACCUUGGAGCUGGAGGCGCUGACGGCCGACUGGUUCUCCGUGUUCACCGACCUGCUGAAGAAAGCACAGGUGGACAGCGCCGAGUUCAUCCACUGUAAGGAGAUGGUGGACGAGUACCUGCACAGCCUGGAGUUCUCCCUGCCGGCCAACGCCGUCUACAUCUUCGAGGGCGCUCAGAUCCAGGAGCGGGAGCGCGCCUGGGGCCCGGCGCAGCGCCUCCGGGUGGCCAGCAGGGGGCCGGAGCGGGACCUGGACGAGUACUGUGACGGUUUUGGAUGUUUGUACAAGGAGGAGCCGGAUCCAGCAGAGGAGGCGCGCGAUGUGGAGUGCUUGUUCGGAUCUCAAACAAUCAUCUCCCCCUGCCCCCCGCUGCACCCUGCUGUCAUCUAACGGGACAAUUACUAGUCCACAUGCCCAUCACAAAUGCACAGCCGGACUGCUGUAAAGUGCUUGUAUCCAAAUGUUAAUGAGCUAAAAAAGAAAAAGAAGAAAAAAAAACCGUUUGCAUAGGUUAAAUGUCGUCUUUGUUUCGGUCCCUUCUGUGCAUUUGUCCUGGCGCGUGUUGGCCGCAGAAGGACGUAUUGAUACUUUAGUCGUGACAGCAGAGCAGCGGAGGAGACGUGGUGAAUCACUGAGCCGGACUGAAGUGAGAUGUGAAUGUUCGUCUCCAGAGAGACCGGCCUGAGCCGUCUCCAGCCGUCCUCCCCGCCACCAGGGGUCCAUUUAAGUUGGAGCGCAACCGUUUUGUUUUUAAUUUGUUGUUUCUAAUUUUCUUUUUAACUAUUUGAAAGCUGAAUCUUGAUUUUUAUUUUUGUUGCCACGAGGCAUCUUGGUGCUCUGGUUCCCCCAGAGCCACAGAGCACUUUAAGAUAAAGACCAGCUUUUCUCUUUCUUUUUUAAACGUGUGUAUAUAUAUUUUUACCUUACUUACUUGUACUAAAUGUGUCAAGUGUUUUUUAUUUACAAAAGUUACACUUUACUUAUAAGCUUUAAUUUCCUGACUAAAUGAUGAAAAUUAUUUUAUUAUGAACCUCGGCAAUAUUUUUUAUUUACAUUUCAGACGAGCACCUUUUUGGGAGUUUGUUCAACACUAGAGUAGAAUAGCUUCUUAUGAGAUUACCCAUGACCUUUUCUUUUUUUUGUCUAAUAUUCAGAAAUGUAAAAAAGAAAACCUUAAUAGAUCAUUAGUCCUAAACAAUGUGAGCUUUGCUUCGUUUCAGGCUCCAAAGAUGAAAGCACACGUACUUGUAAACGGCACCAGGUCCUAACGUGGUACAGAUCAUGUGACGGCCCAAAGACGCUGAAUAUUCUCAGCAACAUCAUCUUUUUAGCCCCGACGGGCGACUGCUGAAUCUUUCCACUUUGCAUUCAAUACUGUGCAGCUCGACUUCCAGGAUUGUAUUAUCUCAUUCCAUUAUCCUCCGAGAUACUGAGGCAGCUACAUCGUACCGUUUUUGUCAACGACAGAAAUAAAGCUACAACUUCAAAAAGUCCCACGACUCAGUUUCU